AUGUCAACACCUGAUAUGAACGGAUCGAGUGAUGUACACUCAGACAACGAAUCAUCAAAAACAACGUCACUGUCAAAUGGUGGAUCGGGUCGUCUCCAUAAUCUGACUGAUAACACAGAUUGGAAAGCAACACUUCAAAUUCCGAAAAAAGAUCCAAGAUUAAAAACAAAAGAUGUAACAGCGACCAAAGGACAUACAUUCGAAGAUUAUUUUUUAAAACGUGAUCUAUUAAUGGGAAUAUUUGAAAAGGGUUGGGAAAAACCAUCACCAAUUCAAGAAGCCGCAAUUCCAAUAGCAUUAAGUGGACGAGAUAUUUUAGCUCGUGCAAAAAAUGGUACUGGUAAAACAGGCGCCUAUAUAAUUCCUACAUUGGAAAAAAUUGAUGUGAGCAAAGAUUAUGUACAAGGUGAUUUCAACUCUACAACUUUAUAUUGUUUGUAUCUAACGUUCGUUAUUGUUUUAUUUUAUAUUUUAGCAAUGGUGAUUGUACCAACACGUGAACUUGCCCUACAAGUUGGUCAAAUAUGUGUACAAUUAUCAAAACAUCUUGGUACAAAAAUAAUGAUGACAACUGGUGGUACAAAUUUAAAAGACGAUAUUGCAAGAUUAGCACAAAAAGUUCAUCUGAUUGUUGCUACACCGGGUCGUUUGUACGAUUUAAUGAAUAAAAAUCUGGUCAAUACAAAUCUGUGCAGUAUGGCUGAUAAAUUACUUUCACAAGAUUUUCGAGGAAUGUGUGAACAAUUAUUUCAGUAUAUACCAGCUGAACGACAAGUAUUAUUGUAUUCAGCUACAUUUCCUGUUUCAAUCGAUCAAUUUGUUCAACGUUAUAUGAGAAAUCCGUAUGAAAUAAAUUUGAUGAAUGAAUUAACAUUACAAGGUAUUACACAGUAUUAUGCAUUUGUUCAAGAAAAACAAAAAGUUCAUUGUCUUAAUACAUUAUUUUCGAAAUUACAAAUCAAUCAAUCAAUUAUAUUUUGUAAUUCGACUCAACGUGUAGAAUUAUUAGCAAAAAAAAUAGCAGAAUUGGGCUAUUCAAGUUAUUACAUACAUGCAAAAAUGCGACAAGAAGCAAGAAAUCAAGUAUUCCAUGAUUUUAGACAAAAUCAAAAAGUUAGAAAUCUUGUCUGUUCAGAUUUAAUAACUCGUGGUAUUGAUGUUGACUCCGUGAAUGUUGUUAUUAAUUUUGACUUUCCACGAAUGGCUGAAACAUAUUUACAUCGUAUUGGACGAUCAGGUCGAUUUGGUCAUUUUGGUAUUGCUAUUAACUUUGUCACAUAUGAAGAUCGUUUUACUUUGCACAAAAUCGAACAAGAAUUACGAACAGAAAUAAAACCAGUUCCACGUCAAAUUGAUCCAUGUUUAUAUGUUCCCGAUUUCCAAAAUGAAGAUUUAAUGGAUGAAGAAAAAAAAUUAGCCUUACUUUCACUUACAAAUGAACGUAAUAAUCAACAAAUACAAUUAUAUCAUGCUUCUAAUGUAGAAAUAUCAACAUCCACGUAA